AUGUCGGAAGAACAAUCUAACUCAAGUUGUGCCUCAAACCUACCUUCGGCUUCUAUUACGACCGAAAUGCCGUCGGGACCGGUUUCAACUUCAAGCGAAACACCUUCGACUUCAACCGAAACACCGUCGGCUUCGACAUCAAGUCAAAUACCUUUGUCUUCAAGUUCGAGCCAAUUACCUUCAAAUUUAACUUCAAAUCUUGCGCCUGAAACUAGUAACCCAUCAACCUCAACAUGUGCAGAAAAAGAAAAAAAGAUUGAUCCAAUGAAGUUAAAAAUUCUGUGCAUUCAUGGGCAUAGACAGAAUGGUGCUAAAUUUAAAGUUAAAUUAGCCGCUUUUCGGAAAAUUGUUGAUAAGUAUGCAUACCUUUCAUAUGUAACUGCACCACAUGCUGUUGCUGACACAACGGGUGGUGGUGAUCAAGAUCCCAGAACUUGGUGGUAUAAUACUGAAGACAACAAUUACAGCGGAAAGUGUCUUGGUGGGCCUGCUUACGGAUUUGAAGAAACAUUGGAGGUAGUGAAAACGGGAGUAAGGGACCUUGGUCCAUUUGAUGGAUUAAUGGGUUUCUCACAAGGAGGCUGUCUUGUAGGUCUACUAGCUGCUAUGCAGCAGAAACGAUUGUUGCCGUACAGAUUCAGAUUCGUUAUCAUCAUAUCGGGCUACUUAUCUGGAAGUCUUGUUCACAGGGGAUUCUAUGAACAUAACCUUAUUACCAUACCAUCUCUACAUGUCUAUGGAGAAACUGACUCCAUGAUACCCAAAGAAAUGAGUGAAUCCCUUGCAAACAAAUUCAAUGACCCUGUAACGUUUGAGCAUCCCAAUGGCCAUUAUGUUCCGGUCUCAGGGCCAGUGAAAGCAGUCUAUGAAGACUUUCUUGCUGACAUGUAUCAGCAAAGGCUAAUAUACAGACAAGAAGUUGAGCGGACAGCAGAAUAGCCAUCUCUCUUUGAAGCUCAUCCCAUGCUUACCAGCCUUUUGUUGGCAGAUAGUGAGUUGCCAGAUAUACCCCUUUUUAGACUACCACCUACCUAUCAGCUGCUUCCACCUCCAAAUCCAAAUCCAAAUCCAAACCUAAACCCAAAUCCAAAUCCAAACCCAAAUCCAAACCCAAAUCCAUAA